UUCUUGCUUUGACUCUCUUUCAUGGAUUGAGAGCAUCACAGUGCUUCAAGCUUCAGCCUCGUGUGACAAAUCCUCAUGCCCAGAUUUUCUUGCGCCUCGGGCGGUACUGCAUUCGGCAAACAAUAAUCUCAGCUGCAUGAAGACCCCGGUCCACAAGCAUCUCACAUCAGCGCUAGGAGCGGCCGAGGCUUGAAAAGGGGGUUGCAGCUGAAACGAGGAGAGUUCACAUUUGUCCGGAGGUAAGGUUGUGUGCAGAAUCUUCGAGUUUAACAAGCAACUGUUGCCGAGGGUUGUCCUCAAGGCUGGGGUCCGCUUUUGGCUUUCGUUCAUCCAAGUUGCGUCUUGACAGUCUUGUGUCUCCUUCAAUGAACGUGAAUUAACUCUCCACUCAUCCAUACUUGAUGCGAUCUUAAAAAACAAUCAUGAGUGCAGAGAUUGAAGAGGAGCUUGUUAUGGUGGACCGACAUCCACCAGAUUCACCUAUACAGGAGCAGGAUCCAGGAGAUGCCAGUGAAGCAAGUUCGGACGACGACGAUGAGGAUGAUGUGAGCGCUGGGAAACGAUUCAAGGACAUCAUAAGCUGGCUCAAGGAAGGAAAGCUAGACCUUCGGGACCCCGCCAAAGUGGAAGCCUUUGCAGCAGAAAAUGCAUCGUACCUCGGCCAGAAGAACGGGGACAACAAUACCCUGUUGCAUAUGUUGGUAGAUGAUGCGAAAGACAAAGUCUUCGACAUUUAUCAGCCACUCGUAAAACUUCUCAUCGACCGCUUCCCACAAGUCCUGCGAGAGAAAGACAACAAUGAAAAAACGGCCCUGUACCAUGCUAUUUACAAGAAGCGAGGUAAAUUCGUUCGAUUCAUUUGUAAGAAUUCCCAGGACAUCGCAUCGAUCCUUCGAAUCCCAUGCUACAAGUCAGAAAAUUGCGUUCAUGUCGCCAUCCGCCGGAAUGUUGCUCCAGAACUAGCCAUCACACUCAUCAAGGCUGCAGACGAGGCGACUCUGCAAGCGAAGGAGGACAAAGGAUAUACUCCGCUCCACCUUGCUGUUGCGUACGAUCGAUGUACAGACAAACAGUUGGAAAUUGUGGAAGUACUUAUAGCGCGAUGCGACAAGGCCAUGGACCAGAGGACCAACGCUGAUCCAUCACUGUCGCCGUACCAGUAUCAUGAACACACUCGCAUCGAGUCCAGGAGGGCAGCUGAAAAGGAGGCGAAGCUCGCUGCAGAGAAGGAGAAAACUGCAAAUCAAGAGAAGAACGAAGAAGGUAGCACGGAUGGACAAGUUGUACCGGGAAAAGACAAGAAGUUUGCCACUCAAACGGUCGACCCGAAGGCUGGGAAGUCCGGUGCUGGAUCCAAGGGUGCGGUACCUGCAAUGGACAACUUCAAGCCUGCACCACUCCGUCGGGUCGCGACGGGAAUGGAAAGCCCAUUCGCUGCCAAAAGCACUGGCGCUACUGGACAUGGGGAUCAGCUGAAGCUUGGGACAGGUGUACCCAUGGGCUUCGCUGGCUCCAAUCCAGCAACUCCAAUUGCAGCCAAAACUGACAAGCUGAAGAAGAAGAAAAAAGAGCCUAAAGAAGAACCAAAGGUGACCGAGGAAAGCGCAGCUAUGAUUAAGAACCACUUGAAACUGUAUUGUAUGCGACAUAGGAAUCAUGACGAUGUAGUCGACUUUUUGUAUGGUCGGAAUCAAGAAAACCAGAUCUACUUUGAUCUUUACGAUUCGCCCUCCAAGAUCAUCAGCGAAGAUCGUAUUGAAGAAGGGCUCGACCACUUGAAGUUUGAAGACAUCCUCCAAUAUGUCGCGUUGCCAAGUCUUCGUCUUGAGAAAAAGCCGGCAUCGACGAAGCUGCGGAAGACCUCUCGAUCUGAUGGAAAAGGCCGUAGCGAUAUGGUGUUUCUCUUCAACUUUCUGCGUCAUAAGAAAGUUCAGCGUAUCAUUCGUGUGAUUGUUGAUGACAUGAGCGAGCCAGCCCAUAGCGAUGAAGCUAUUGAAGCAGCGCUAGCGGGGUUCAAGGUUGAAAUCUGGGACUGGAGGAAACUUGAUCUUUGCACCGAGACCAUUCUUGCUGUAGCAUUUGAUGCGGAAGAAGUUUGCUUGUACUGGAGUGGAAAUAAUGCUGUCUUACGCGGUUGGAGUGAGGCAGGAGGGCUGCCGUUGUUGAGAAAGCUAAAGAAAGUGCACUUGCACGUCGAGCCAGGCCUUGAAAGUAGCCGGCGGACUGAAAACAAUAUCGAAGACUUUCGCACUCGCCUCGCAAGGCUCCGCCCGGAAGUUGAGAUUGAUGUAGUCAAGGAGCAACAACCGGAAAAGCAGGCACCCACAGGAGGACUUGUCGAUGUUGCCCAUGAACAAUCGGAACACCGCCAUCGCUGGUUGACAUGUAUGGACGAAUUUGCCGACUUCAUCCAGAACGUAGAUGCCCCUCGAGACAUGGCCGUUGAACCAAUCACCAUUGCAUUGAUCGACGAUGGCGUAGAUAUAAACGAGCAAUCUCUUCAUGCCAAGAUCAUAGGAGGUCGCAGUUUCUGUCAGCGAGACACCCAUCAGAACUUGAGUAAGCCGUAUUAUGUGACAAGUGGUGGGCAUGGGACCGUUAUGGCGAGCCUCAUCUGCCGCGUGUUUCCAAAAGCUCAGCUCUACGUCGUUAAACUCGACGAGCAUAUUAGUGAAAACAUGAAGAGACAAAUCACGGCCAAGAGUGCAGCAAAAGCCGUUCGUGCUGCAGUCGACAAAAAGGUGCAUAUUAUCUCUAUGUCCUGGACAAUUGAGCGUACUGCAACGAACGCGACUGAUAUCAUCGAUCUCGAAGCAGCUAUUGAAGGCGCAGCUCGCGCCGGUAUUCUCAUGUUCUGUGCUGCUAACGAUCAGGGCGUUGCAGCUGAUCGAAGUUUCCCGGCAGCAUGCGGUGGGACGAAGCAUCUCUUCAAGAUCGGUGCCGCAGAAGCUUCAGGCACCGUAUGGAAAUGGGUCGGAGACCCAGCCGACGUCGACUUCAUAUUCCCAGGGCAUAAUGUAAUCAAAGACAGGCCCAAUAAUGCUCCCUUGGAGAAGUGCAAGACUCUGACUGGCUCCUCUGUCGCAACAGCCUUUGCGGCCGGCCUCGCAGCUCUCGUGCUUUACUGUGUUCAACUUGGCGCCUUGAAUACACAAGAGUUGAAAGACAAGCAAGGAAAUGCAGUCACGAUGGACGACUACAAGGCGAUCAAGGGCCAUGAGAGGAUGAAGGAGGCAUUUGUAGCAAUAGGGACGAGCCAGGCAAGCGGGAACAAGUAUAUCGAAGUUUGGGACGUGUUUGGUCCGGCAGCGAAAAAGGCAGAUAAAGUGGGAAGAGGUGGGCGACUCGAGGUUGUCGCUGAUGUGGCACGCAGGCUGAAGACGAGGAAGACGUUGGAAUGAGCAGGUCAGUGGAGGUGCGGGUAGAGGUUGAAAUAGACUUCCGUCUGGUUUGGCUUGGCAGCCGCGAGCUUAAAGUGACUAAGCGAAAAGGACCAAGGUCUCAGAACGAAGGUCAAUUCCGUAGCGUAGGAGGAGGAUUCAAAGAGUGUGUUAUUUGUCCACUGCUAGAAGUUAUGUAACCUCAUUGACUGGCGCGUUAUCAUGU